ACAAGCAUCACUUAUGGAAUGGCUACACUAUUCAUGAUAAACUAGUUUUUCCUUUAUUUCUAAUACAAACAUAGUCUUCUUCACCUUGCUAGUCUCUGAGACAACUAUAUGUGAAUUGUGAUUGAGAGGAAUGGCUGCCUAUGGCGCUCUAGUUUCUGUGAUGCAUAUUAUAGAUCAAAUUCAAACUCUUCCAAACUCACCAAUUUCCAUUGACCAAAAUCAGGUUGAAUCUCUCACCCAACUUAUUACUUCCUUGCAAAAAUUUCUUGAAAGCUAUUUUCCCCACGGUGGCUACACUGAAGAAGAAGAUGUCUGGGAGUGCCGCAUUGCUGAAGCAGCUUAUGAAGCUGAAGAUGUGAUCGAGUCGUAUAUUGUCGACCAAAUUAGUGCUCGAUCAGAACACUUAAGCUCACCUGAAUUCUAUCAAGGUCUGGAGAAGGUGAUAGAAAACAUGAAUUUGAUCAAGAUUGAGAUUGAUGAGAAGAUGGUUCUCCAAGAUCAACUCCACAUCGUAAAGUCUGUGUACACUGCUGCUGCUGAUGAUGAUGCAGCCUCGUUAAGAUCUGUUUCCGCUGCUCAUAGGGUUACAAUGGUUGGUUUUGAUGAUGUGUUGGAUCAAAUGCUGGACAAGAUCACUGGAGGAGGACUCAAACGCCAAAUUCUCCCGAUUGUUGGAAUGGGUGGGAUUGGCAAGACUACUCUAGCUCGGAAUAUUUAUGUAAGUCCACUUGUCCAACAACAUUUUAAUGUUUGUGCGUGGUCUGCAAUUUCGCAAGAUUAUAAUGCAAGAGAAAUUCUUAGACAAGUUCCUAGUCAUGGUGAUGGAUGAUAUGUGGAAUAUUGAGGCAUGGGAUCAAGUUAGGAGAUUCUUCCCGGAUAAUAAAGACGGGAGUAGAAUAGUAGUGACGACAAGACUAUCAAACUUGGCAUCUCAAAUUAACUACGCCAACGGUUUUGAUCUGAAAUUUUUGGAUGAGGAUGCUAGUUGGGACCUAUUUUGCAAAACUGUGUUCAGGGAAGAAGCUUGCCCUCUUGAGUUGGAGGACGUUGGGAAAAAGAUUGUGAAAGGUUGCAAGGGACUUCCACUCUCAGUUGCCGUGAUAGGGGGGCUUUUAUCAAAAUCUGAACGAACAAAGAAAGUUGGGGAUUGUUUGAAAUAAAUAUAAGUUCAAUUGUGAAUUUGGAUGAUAAUGAGAGAUGCUUGCAAAUAUUAUACAUGAGUUAUAAUAAUUUGCCAGUUCAUUUAAAACCACGUUUUCUCUAUUUUGGAAGAUAUGGUGAAGAUGAAGUGAUUAGAGUAUCUCAAGUCAACCUAGAAUUGGCUGCUGAAGGAUUCAUAAAACCAAUUAGUGGGAAAGUUUGGAAGAGGUAGCAGAAAAGUACGUAGAAGAACUUGUUGAUAGAAAUCUCCUUAUAGUUGAAAAACAGCACCACUAUGGGAAACUGAAAUGGUUAAAAAUGCAUGACUUGUUGAGGGAUGUGUGUUUGAGAGAAGCUCGGAAAUUGAGGUUUCUGUAUGUGUUGGAAGAGCAGAGCAUUCCAGAGGGCAUAUAUCCUAUCGACGUAUUGCAAGCAGCUUACAGCAAUGGGAAUAUCCAACUCAACUCAUUCAAUCUCUGAAAUCCACAGGACCUGUCCGUUCUUAUUUUGGGAGAGCUCCAACGAAUUUAUCAAAUAACUUCAGAUUGUUGAGGGUAUCUAUGUUUGAAGCAUUCCCUGGGGUAGAUUAUGAGAAGAAUUUUCUUAAGCGAGUUAACUCGCAUCUUCUUUUUAUUAGGGUUGUCGAUGGAUUAUACAGAAUUCCUUCCUCCAUCUCUUUUCUCUGGAAUCUGCAGACAAUGAUUAUACAUGACACGUGUAGGAAUUAUGCUUUCGAUCUUUGGAAAAUGCCUCAACUUAGGCACGUUGGAAUCAUCGAGCAAUGGUGGUGGUACAUUUAAUGUCCCCGAUCCUCUCAACGACGAAGAGGAUAUGGUGAUGGAAAACCUUGAGUCACUUUACUGUGUGAACAAUCUCAAGUUUGAUGCGGGGGUGCUAAAAAGAAUCCCCAGACCCCAAUAUCAAAACAUUGAAGUUGUACUAUAUAGGCAUCAGUAGAGGAGAUGAAAUUUGCCAGCUCGAGAACAUUUGUUGCCUCCAAAAGCUCGAAUCUCUUGGCAUCAAGUGUUCUUUUACGCGACAAGUGAGGUUUCCAGAUUCGCUCAAGAAGUUGACAUUGCAAUAUACCCUUCUUCAAUGGGAAGACAUGAAGACAAAAAUAGGUUUGUUACCCCAUCUUCAAGUUCUCAAGCUGAAAACAAGUUCCUUUAUGGGGUUUAAGUGGGAAACAUUGGAAGACCAAUUCUUGAAUCUCAGGUUCUUGCUGAUUCAUGGUUGUGAUCUAGAAUGUUGGAUCACAGACAGCACCCACUUUCCACGCCUUGAGCACCUUCAUCUUGGCUAUAUAGAAACGUUGAGGGAGAUACCUUCAUGCAUGGGAGACAUACCAACACUUAAGUCAAUUAAGUUGUUACGAUGUAGUGAUUCUUUGGUGGAUUCAGCUCGAAAAAUAAAGGUGGAGCAAGAGGAACUCGAAAUGAAGCGCGUAUCAGUACGGACAUACCAUCAGCCACCCAUUCUUCAAGCCUGAGUUCAGUUGCUUCUUCAAACAGGCCAUCCGUGCCACCUCAAGCACGAGGCCCAGACUCAACAUCAAGGUGCCAGACCCCUCUUCUUGGAUUAUGUUUAAGUCGUUCUGUUAUUUCUGUAAUUUAGAUAUUUUUUGAGUCAAAUAAAAUUAUAAGUUCAUUUA